ACAACGAAGUCCGAAGGCUUCAGUUUGAGGACUGAAGCUGGGAAGGGAAAUAUCGGUUAAAGAAGAAGAAGGGGACCUAAAGAAUGGAAGAUUUUGAGAAGAAGCUCUCUCUGGAUGAACAAAUGGAAGAAGACCAAAGAACAGAUGCCUCCGAUUCCUCUAACACUCUCAGUUUGCUCCGCGAGUUUCUUGAAAUCCAGCAGCGUAGAGCCGAAGCUUAUGCCAGGCUUAAAAGGGGGUUCGAUGAGUAUAUGACUUCAGGAAGGGAGAUAUCUUACCAACAACUUUGCAGUCAGAUCACUACGGAAUUCAGCAAUUGCUCCAAACAAGUCAUUGACAUUGAGUCGAAUUUCCGGAGUUCAGAUCACAACAGGCUCGAGUUAGCCAACCUGCUUAGAUCUGUUCAAGAAAAAGAAAAGCAGAAAUUGCACCUGACAGCUCAAAUUCAGUUAUUGAAGAAGGCUGGCCGCCCAUCGGAGCGUGUGGUGAGCCACGAGAAUUGCAGGUUCAAUGCACCUCGAGAGCACGAGUGUGUGCAUGUCCAUGAGAUGACUGGGGCUUCUGGUACCGAGGAAGCAGAAGCAGAAGCUGAAUAUGACAAUGCUCUAAAGGAAGCAAUCAAAGGUGUGCAGGAUACUGUGACGACCAUAAAUGAGUACAUGGAGGAAGUGAGAUACGAGAUUGCAGCUCUUGAAGAUAAGUAAUCUUGCUCUGCAAUUGAAUUAGUUACUGAAAUUCCUAUAAAUGAAGUAAAUCAGGAAAGAAUUGACAAAAACAAAUCAAAUCUAAUACAAUUCAUUUCAUCUUUAGAAAAGUUGCAUAUCAAACCGAAUAAUUUUUUAAUUGACUGACAAGUAUAUAAACUGAAGCUCAAACUUCCUUCUUGCA